UUACGUUAGAACUAAUUCUGGAAAGAAUCUUAUAGAUUACUAAUUACGGAUAAAAAUGUUCUGUUAACGUUUUCAUUCCAUAGCAUUCCAUUUUUCGGAAUUAUUAAAUUAUUUAAAAAUUGAAAAAAGAAAUAAACGGCAGCCAUAAUUUCAACUUGGUAAAAUAAAAACAAAGCAGACGACUGCGGAUAUUGAUAUGUCUUUCCAAGUUUCCAGCAUGCUUUACAGAAAUUGCAGCUCAAGUUCAGGAAAUCCAGUCAAGGAGCAAGAAAUCUACGGUGAAGUUCAAAGUCGAUUUGAUGGAUAUGUAACUUCAAUUGCCACAACUGAUGAAGUUGAAGGAGAAGAUUAUGAUGGAGCAGUUGCCAUUGGAGGCAGGCAAACUUUCACAGCACCAGCUGCGAUUCUCAAUAAUGUGGCAGGAGAAGACUUUGACCCAUUUGCUGAACAUCGGAGAUCAACUAUUGCUGAUAGAGAAGAUGAAUACAGAGCAAUGCGUUGGAAGUUGAUUAUUUCCCCAGAACGUGUUGAUUCAUUUGCUGAAGGUAAAUUUAAUAUUUGUUAUUCAUUUUGUAUAAUUGUGUGUUGUAAUGCAAUAGUGGAACACAUUAUUCAAUUUAAUCUUAUUUUAAAAUUAAGAACAUCUGUGAUUGUGAAGUAAAAUCUUUUUGUUUAUCUAUAUUCUCAAUCGUGACCAAAUGGCAAAUUAAAAGAGUGCCAUAGCAACCAGUUAAGUUAAAAGCUCUUGGAGGUGAGUAAUCUAAGGCUCUCAAAGGGGAAUUGUUACAAGAAACUAUUAAGCAUACUAGAAGCCAAUAUUAACCUAGAACAAGCUACUUAAUUAUAGGUGGAUUAUUCACUUGUGGGCCAGGAGCUGAUCUGCUCAAAUUCCCCUCCCGCGAAGAAACCGUUGAAGAGUUGUUUCUACUUUCCGUCGCUCACAGGGAGUUUUGGACGUUGGAUCUCUCACUUACGCUCACAUUAUUCGUGAAAAACAGUUGCGCGCCGAAGAGCAAGAGGUCCGCCGUAAGCUUACCGACAAAGGAUGGUACAUUAAAAGCUGUAUCAGUACCAUCAAACGGUGAAUCCAGAAGACCCCCAAUAUUUCGACAAGCUAUUGAUUGAUGUUGAUAAAGAUUCAUUGAGCCCAGAAGAGUUAAAGGAACGAAAAAUCAUGACUCUUUUACUUAAAAUCAAGAACGGUACCCCACCUAUGCGUAAAUCUGCAUUGAGACAAAUCACGGAUAAGGCUAGAGAAUUCGGAGCCAUUACUAGACAAAUCUACUCCGUUUGAAGGUUAUCUGCCGAUAGCAAAAGUAGAUAUGAUUCACGGCACGGAAUCAUGUUGGCCAGUGUUAAAGUAAUCAGCGCUCUUUGUUGUGUGGGCAAAUACCGUUCAUUGACUGUUGGCUUGGUAACUGAUGAACUUAGUAACUUAAGCUAUCGUAUCCACUACUAUAUUUCCAUUUACUUGAAGUUUGUUUUUAAAUAUAAUGUUUUUCAUGUUAAGUUUUUUUGUUAAAAAGAGUAGACCUUUUUUCUAAGAAAGUUCCUGUUGACUUUCCGGUGGCUGUACAUGACAUGUCGGUAGAUGAUAGUUGAAGCCUCUCAGAAUUCUCUCCGAGUAAACAAGCGCCAUGGGAUUGUUACAAGGGUUGCGUCUGGAAUGACCUUGGAUUGCUUUGCUUUGACGUCUUAUAUAAGAAGACAAAAUUGAGAACUACGACAGUUGUGUUUCAUCUUUUGCCAAGAAUGGAGUGUCUCGUGUGUAAGAUAGCGUUUAAAAAGGGAGAUCAGAAAAUUAAGUGCAAUCAGUGCGAGAAAUCGGUUCACUGACGCUGUUUUGCAUCUAUUGACAAGGAUUGCUACAAGAUCGCAAAGCGGGACAAUUUGUUUACAUGUUUUGCUUGUGAACUGGAGAGUAUUCCCUCAGCCGCCGUUGAAGCUAAUUCUAUUCCGCUCCAGCAAUCAAAACGGAACAGAAAACCGAACCCUCGUUACGACCAAAGUUCUCCGAAAAGGCGAAAUGCAGCAGUUAUUCCUUUCUCGGAUUCAGUUACCGCUUCAACUUCUUCAACUACAAACAUAAUUGUCAAUGAAACAUUUACUAUUCAUAGCUCCUCUAACCACUCAGUCGUCCUUGAAGAAGUUGUCCCUCCAAUGCCGUCAAUAAAUAUGGACUUUUCAGAUAUUCCACAGGAAUUACUUGACAUGGCAGUUGCCAAUAUGUCUCUGAAUGACUCUGCAAUUAAUCCUUUUGAUUUUUCUUUUUCUAGAUUAGACACUUCACUUCACCCACCAAGCCCAGUUAGACCAGAAGAUAAUUCCACAGCUAGCAGAUCAUCCUUUGAAUCAGAGAAUGGAGAUACUGUUCAUUCGCCUCGUCACGUUACUCCGGUCCCCAUCAGAGAGAAAAGCCUGAUUUACGAGGAGCCAAUCACACCAGCAAUCCGGGUGAAACACUUUUAUAUUGAAUUUGGGGCUUCGAUAAGGGGAAAGGAUCAGUUGUUGGAUGGAAUAGGUAAUCGAUAUGGGAGAAAAAGCGAGAAACCCACUAAAAGUGGAGUAGUCACUUGGCUAUGUACGAGGCGUGGUUUAAAAGGUAAGCAAUCCUGUGCAGUGUUUGUAAAGCAAAAGGGAGAAGAAUUUAAGGAAGGUGAAAAGGGUCAUAGUCAUCUUCCCGAUCCCUCUCUGAUUUUGAAAGUUCCCUUAGUAAAAAAAGUUAAAGAAAAUGCACUCUCCAAAAAAUUUUAAUCUGCUAAAGCUAUUGCUGAAGAAGCACUUGUCCCAGCUGCUAUGCAGCAUCCAGAUUUAGAUCUACCGCACCCAGAUAAUUUAGCUAAGGCUGGCAAUUACAUCGGACAAAAGGACUGGCCUCUACAUCCAACCACCCUCCAAUUUGAAUUGCAACACCAUGCUCUGCCGAAGGAUUUUUUUGUUGGUGACAUCACUGUAGGGGAUAGACGGCACAUUUUGUUCGCCAGUAAAGAGCAGCUAAGGGAUCUGCAAAAUAUGCGUAGAUGGUAUGUUGACGGGACUUUUCAUGUGGCUAAACUUCCAUUUAGCCAGUUGUUCACCAUCCAUGGGUUUGUCACGAAGAAUGGAAAGUCAAAACAGAUUCCAUUGCUCUAUGUGUUGAUGUCCGGUCGCGAGCUAAGCGAUUAUGUCGCGGUCCUUGAAAAAUUAAAAUCCCUUUUUGAUCCCGAGUACGAACCUUGCUUAGAAGAAGUGGUCUUGGAUUUCGAAACAGCGACCAAAAGAGCAUUUGAAGAUGUUUUCCCUGAUACGAAGAUUUUUGGUUGCAAUUUUCAUUGGACGCAAAGUGUGUAUCGUAAUUUUAAAAGACUUGGAUUUUCAGUAGCUUACAGGACAGAUUCAAAAAUCAAAGAGUUAGUGCGGGAAACAUUAGCUUUGCCAUUCGUUCCAUAUCAAGAAAUUCAAGGUUGUUUAAAAAAACUGAAGGAUCGAUCAGUCCAAUUAGUUGAUGAUUUGAUUGCAUUAAACGAAGAAAGAACCGACGAUAAUCUUCCACCAUUACCUAUUACAGAUCUGAGAACGUUCUUUGACUAUGUCGAGAAACAGUGGAUUACGAGUCGUGUUUGGUCUCCAGAUACUUGGAGCGUCUUUUUUCAAGAAGUGCGGACGAAUAAUGAUGCCGAAGGGUGGCAUUACCGGAUAAACAUGCAUGCUCCUAAGAAGGGCGAUUUGAACCUAUAUCAUCUCAUUGAACUUCUCUAUAAAGAAACUCAGAUGAAUUUGAUUAAUAAAAGAUUGUUGUUACAGGGUCAAGACGUCAGGAGUCAGAACAAAGUGUAUAUGAGGACCAACGAGAGGAUUAAAGAUAUUUGGGAGAAAUAUCAACACACCAAGGAAUAUACCGUAGAUGAGCUUCUGAAGUACUGCUCCAAGACUUAUCGCAUGCCCUGUAAAUAUGACCAAACUGAUUAAGAAAGCUUUCUUCGUUAUCUGCAGCACUGGAAGCAUCUCGUCUUUACUUGAUAGAUGAGUUCAACUGCUUUUCUUGAAAACGAAUUGAGAAUCUAUACAAUCGUCAGUCAAGUCGUAUAAAUGUUCCAAUAGUGUAUUUUGAUUUUUAAAUUCAGCUGCUUCUUGCCAAAAUACAGAUAUAACUACAAUAAA